AUGGUUGAAGUUGCGUGGAAUAGAAAUCCUGUCCCGGAUACUCGGCCGUCAAAGAUUGUGUCGGUGCCUCCGCCAAUGCCUACGCAGACACAGAUGGGCGCGGCGAGAUUCGAAGCGUGUGCGUCUACCGCAUCGCUGUUCCUCUAUGCUCAGGGCUCUACCGUCCUCUGCCUCCACCAUGACACGCUCGCCCUCGAACGCCGCUUCGAGAACCACAAGGAGGACAUACUUUUCAUAUGCGUUGACAAUGUGAGCGAGCGUGGAGCAGGAAGACUGGUGGUCAGCUACGAUGCCAGCAAGACGGCCAUAAUUUGGGAUCUAUUCACGGGAAGUGUCAUUGCCCGCUUUGCUUCGUUUGAGCAAUUGAAGGCUGCUUCCUGGAUGCGGAAUGGGAAUGUUGCUUUCGGGAAUGAAAAAGGUGAUGUUAUACUGUUCGAGCCGUCAACCUCAGACAAUGUCUCCUGCCGUACAAUAUUCGACCCGAUUACGGCUUUGGCACCGGCCUCUGAUUGUCGAACAUACGCCAUUGGUUACCAAAAUGGUUCAAUUCUCAUUGCUACGCUUUUGCCGACCUUUACGAUCCUACACACAAUGACCACAUCACGAGGCCCCUCACCAAUAGUGUCGUUAGCAUGGCACGCAUCAUCAUCGAAGCAAAAGUCUGACAUGCUGGCAACAAUGUCGGGGAAUGGAGACCUUAGGGUAUGGAGCGUUGCGAAGCCUCCCGGCAAGGAUGUUCCACGUGUGAUUCGUGUGCUUAAAAGAUCUGAUACCUCGUCGCCGUCGGAGCCAAAAUGGAUGGGUUGGUCCAAGAAUGGAAAGAUUAUACAAUAUCUAGAUGGGGAAACGUGGGCCUGGGACGUCAAAACGAAGCAUAUAACGUACGAGCCGAUCCCCACCAUUGACUGUCCACUCGGUAUUGCGAACUACGGCCCAACCGCCGCUCUUUUCACCCUCGGCCCUCAGUAUACCGUCCAACAAUAUGACCUGGAAAGUCCAGCAAUGGUGGCGAACGUGCAACACCCUCCAACGAACUCAAUGACCGCAGCUUUAGAUCAGAUGAGGGCGAGAACAAAAUCUCCGCGUACCUUGCAGGAUGCCCCGGAAAUGAGAGAAUCGGGCUCUUCAUACUCUUCAAGACGCCGCGCGCCAUUUGAUGCCAGUGGAAUUGAGGCUGUAAAGCAACAGCGUGCAGAGUUGAGCAGUCCUGAAUCAUCCCGUGGUCGGGCCGCCUCCGUCAGCUCCAAAGCCUCUUCGGACAGAUACAAACCCCCGUACUCUCCUCCUUCACGGUCGGCGCAUACUGCGACUUCCUUCUCUUUGACGUCUGCCGGUGGGGGCAGAGAAACCCCCCAGCCAUCCUUUGCAUACGCCUCGUCCGUGUCAAUGUCGUCUGUGAAGAGUUCCCGACCAGGUUCGCGUCUAAGAAAUGAAGUUCAAUUCAGCCCAGCGGACAAAAACGUCGACCUUUUUCCAUUCACCCGCGCCCGCCUAAACGACGUGCCGUAUAGGACUCAACAGCCCCUUGAUGAAGCUCGCCUCACUCCAGACGACCUACGACGACAAAUGUUGAGUAUGGUGUUUGGCUGGGACGGCGAUAUUGAGGCAUUGAUCAAGGAUGAGUUGUAUCGGCACCCCCCAGGCAGCGCAGCGGCGAUCUUGCUCGCGCAAUGGAUUGACGAGUCAGACACGGAUCAUAUGGUAUCAAUGAUUAGCGCUGGCCCAACUUCAAUCGCGGACUGGAUGCUACUGGCCUUGAGUCAAAUGAAUGGCCAGUCUCAGGCAAACAAGGUCGGUCAAGCCUUUGCGCAGAAACUUCUUGAACUCGGUGAUGUGCAUACUGCGGCUACGGUCUUGAUUGGUCUGGGUGAUAGGGACGAGGCCGUCGAAGUGUAUGUCUCGCAGAAUUACUAUAUGGAGGCCAUUCUCAUGACUUGCCUCGUUAUGCCAACCGACUGGCAACGGCAGUCGUACCUCGUUCGCCGAUGGGGUGAGCAUGUUGUCGCCCACUCUCAGCAACAGCUCGCCAUCCGCUGUUUCAUGUGUACUGGUGUGGAGCCGUCUGAUCCUUGGGCAUCCCCAGCUGUUCAUCAAGCGCACUAUAAUGAAAUGAUUCCCGGCAGGUCGCCAAUGGGAUCGCCGGAACCUGCCUAUCCCAACCCUGCUAGUCUCCUGCAACCACAUUCCGCGGCUGGCAAUGGACAAUCCCUCAAAGCCCCUUCGCUUAAGCUAAUAACCAGUUUCAACGAACACUCAAACCAGCGCUACCGUUUCCCUGGCCUGAAAUCGGAUGAUCGUACGCCCACCAACGCUCCAGGAAUCACUCCUAUCGCCGAAUCAGCGGCUGGGUCUUCCGCAAUGUCGCCAGGAGGUUUUGGAUCGUACAAGUUGAACAAUAUCCAAAGCCUCAACAACGCUAUGAACUCUAGAUCAGGGACUCCAGGCUUCCCAAAGCAACGCCUGCCGUCAAUUGGCGAGACACCAGUCGAUGUUCAUCCCCCGACCUUCCUCUUCAAAGAAAAUAAAAAGUUGGUCGACUACGGGUCUACGUCAGAAAACGACGACACUAGUCAAAGUCAGCCAAGAGAGUCCGAAGAUGAUCUUGGCUUGUUGCCGUCUGCGCGAUACGAUCCUGAAGAGGGCUUCAAACCAAGUCCUCAGACAGCUGUUCAGGCAACCGCAGAUCAAUUUGCCACGAUUAAAGGCCUACCCUCGCCAACGCCUGGUAUCUUCGAAGCCUUGAGGGAGCGGUCGGAUAGCCGCCUGAGUACUAGGGACCGGAAGCCAGACGGCUUACACCUCAGCUUCCUGCCCGGGGAAUCUUCUCACGACGAAGUACAAUCUGGAUCGUUAGCGGCUAGCUUCAGAAGCCCUCCUUCUACCGCCAACAGCUUCAGUACUACAAAGAGUCCUAGCGUCAGCGGGCGAAGUAUCGAUCAGUAUAUCAACAGUUUGGAUGAAGCAAGCUUUCAUUCACGAAAGACUUCCGGACAUCGCCGUGGCAGGCGGAACACCGAAGACUCGACAACGCUGAGCGCACGUAAGACGAAGUCGAGAGCAGCGUCCAAUGAUACAACCCGUGGACGCAAUGAGAAGCGGUAUGUCCAGCCCGCGAAGCGAUCACCUUCCUCGCCCGUCUCCAUGUCCCCAGAGGAAUUGGCCCAAUACGCUGCCAAGCAAACAUCAAAAGCUCGGAGUACCAGCCGAGUACGAAAGCCACGGUCCAGAAACUCGUCUGAACGCCGGAGGAACCGCUCGUCCAGCCGACACGCGGCCAACCGCAUUGAUACGAUGGAUCAGUCGAACCGAGGCCGCAGCUCCGAUCGACAAGGCUUGCGAAACGUGUCGCCACCAUCGCCAGUACCCAUGACAAACCCGGAGGACGCCCUCAAGUUUGUGUCAGGCGAUAGGGAACGAAGAACACGUCAGCGUAGCCGUAGCCGUCGUCCGUCUGCCUCAAGGCGUGAACCCUCCGCCGACGGACGCCGCACUCGACCAAGCUCUCGAACCCGCCAGGAGUCUGAUUCAAGAAUGACUGGAGACGAAAUCAGUAUUGUUGUUAACGAGUCGACCAUCACUCAAAAGCCUCAGGUGGCCGAGAGUAAACCUGACGCAGCAGUCAACGUGAUACCGGCUUCCAUUCUCUCACCCGAUGCCAUGGCUGAGAUGAGGAGGAAGGAGCUGGCUGCCGCAGAGCUCGAAGCAAGGCGUCUCUCGCUUGCCCGUAACCCGUCCGCUCCCAACAUUCCAUUCCCGGGAGAGAUCCAGUAUACCAGAGGUGUCCUGGAGAGCCCACCCUUCUCUGUGCAAUCAUUUACACCUCGCACGCCGGGUCGCACCAUGCUUCCGCCCAAGGCUUCGCCAGACUACCCGAGUAGCUCCGAGUCGAACUCCUCGCGCUCUGGCGGGCCCGUAGGCCUCCCAGCGACGCCUCGCGCAAUGCGCCAUCCGAAAUACAGUGGAGCCUCUGAAUCCGAGCCGAUGCCUCCCCCUCCACCCCCUCCUCCGUCGGCUCCGCCUCAAAUAGAUACCGCACCACUCCUCCUUAGCGAUGCACGAUACCAAGGUGAAGCCGAACGCAUCCCGCGAUCCAUGUCUGUCCCAGUUCCCGAAGUGCAACCCCCAGCCCGACACGUGGACAUGCCAAUGCACCCCCACUUCAACCCGACCAUCCCUCGAAGCCGGUCCUCGGAUCGAAAGGGCAGCCUCCACCAUCGCCGCCAGAGCUCACGCGAGCUCUCUACCGCUGGUGUAAACUACGACUACGGCUCAUCCCCUGUCACCGUCAGCAUUGAGGAGACAAUGGAGAAGGUAUUGCCACCUAUUCUCCCUGAGCUACAACAUCUGAACAACAACACUCCGCCGCCACCACCUCCGAUUCCAGCUUCAAUCGCCUCACUUUCGGGCGCCGGUUCCCAGCGUGAAUCUUCAGGGACUAUUGACAUUGUCAUUGACAACGAGAACCUUGGUCGCCUACUCCCACGGGCUAUGACGGCCGGCCCAGCUCUGAGCAGCAAUACCGCGACCACGGAGGUGGGAUCUCAAAUCGGCCGCCGUAUGUCACUCGAGCAUCGGAGGAACCGCAGCGUAAACGAAUCUUUCUCUUCGAAGAUCCGAAACCUCACAAGGCGCAGUAGUCGGGGCUCAGAUGCUUGGGGCUCUCCGACGGCUUCCGGGCCUUCGUCCGGCUAUGGCAAUGGCUAUGGCUACGAGAACCGCGUAUCCCAUGACGGCAUUCCUGUGCCUGAUGCUGAUGGUCGUAUUUAG